AUGCGCACGAUAACCGCGCUUGUCGUUCUGGGGUUCGCACUCGCUGCGAGCGCACAGCGCUUCGUGCGAUUCAUCUCCACUGACAACAAAGAAUACUACGGCGAUGCUAUUCUUCCAGCUGGAACAUUCGACGCGGCGAAGAGCACAAAGGCCAAAGUCAUCACAGGAGACAUCUUGGGCGACUUCCGCAUUACGAACCAAGUCAAACCCAUCAAAAAGCUGUUGGCACCUUUGCCGAGUGAACGCGUCCGUACUGUUCGCUGUGUUGGCCUAAACUACAUCGCUCACAUCGAUGAAAGCAACAUGACAAUCCCCGGGUGGCCUAUCCUGUUCUACAAACCAUUCACGGCGCUCAACACGCCUAGUGAUCCUAUCCCCAUCUCCGAGGGCUACCAAACUCAGGGCAACUUCACAUCGUCGAUGGAUUGGGAAACGGAGUUGGUUAUCAUUAUGAAGAAGAAGGCGUUCAAUAUAUCCGACGACGAAGCUCUUGAUCAUGUUCUUGGGUAUUCUGUUGGCCACGAUGUCUCGCAUCGAGGCUGGCAGAUCGACCGUGGCGGGUUACCCCAACCCCAAUUCUCCAUGGGCAAAGGUCCAGACGGGUGGGCACCAUGGGGUCCUGCCAUUGUCUCCACCAACAUCAUCACCGAUCCGCAGGCGUUGAAUAUCUGGACAAGAGUAAACGGCGUUCUGCAGCAAAAUGCUACAACCGCGGAUAUGAUUUUUGGCGUAAAGCACCUCGUUUCUUUCUUCUCGAUGGGGACGACUUUGUUGCCAGGAGACGUCAUUUUUACGGGGACCCCAAGCGGAACAAACCUCGGUAAAGCGGUCCCUGAAUUUCUCAAGAACGGAGAUGUUGUCGAAGUAGGUUUGGAGAACGUAGGGACUUGUACAAACCAAAUCAAAUAUGUGUAG